GAGGCGGGGUUUGGAGGCGGGUUAAAGAGCGCGCAGCAGGUUGGGCCACGCGUGUCAGAGAAGUUUCAAUGGCGUGGCAGGGACUGACGGCCGAGUUUCUGCAGGUACCCGCGGUGACGCGGGCCUACACCGCGGCCUGCGUCCUUACCACCGCUGCUGUGCAACUGGAGCUCCUCAGCCCCUUCCAGCUCUAUUUCAACCCGCACCUCGUGUUCCGGAAGUUCCAGGUCUGGAGGCUUGUCACCAACUUCCUCUUCUUCGGGCCCCUGGGAUUCAGCUUCUUCUUCAACAUGCUCUUCGUGUUCCGCUACUGCCGCAUGCUGGAGGAGGGUUCCUUCCGCGGCCGCACGGCCGACUUCGUCUUCAUGUUUCUCUUCGGGGGCGUCCUCAUGACCCUGCUGGGGCUCCUGGGCAGCCUGUUCUUCCUGGGCCAGGCCCUCACAGUCAUGCUGGUGUACAUAUGGAGCCGCCGCAACCCCCGAGUGAGGGUCAACUUCUUCGGCCUCCUCACCUUCCAGGCACCAUUCCUGCCCUGGGCACUCAUGGGUUUCUCUCUGCUGCUGGGCAACUCGAUUCUCGUGGACCUGCUGGGUGAGCCUGCCUGUGCAUCCGCCCUCCCC